GUUCGAACAAAUCUUUUUGGUGUUAAUUAGAAUUUGUUUUGUAAAAACGAAUAAAAUAUCUUUAAAUCGUUAAAUUGAAAAAAAUCUAUUUGAAACAAAAAUGGUGAAAUUUUUAUUUUCAUCAUUUUUGUUGGCCGUUGUUUUAGUGGCCAACAAUUAUCAAACAACUACUGCCCGAAUAUUUGAUCGUGAACAACAUGAUGAAUCGAAACUAAUCUGCAUUAAACAUUGUCAACCAGACAAUGAAUUUAAUGAUAAAAAAUUCAUAAAAUUUGAAACUGGACAAUCCUAUGUUUAUGCUGUAAAAGUUACAAAUGAAAUGUUGGCUAAAAUUAACAAAACUCAAACGAAUGGAAUUUUGGAAGAUAAUCUAAUACAAAUUGAUGGUCAAGUUCGUUUGGAAUCGAUCAAUUCAUGUGAAGUAUCAAUGCAAUUGGAAAAUGUAAACAUUCGAUUAUCCAGUACAGAUUCAUUUUCAUCGUUUAGAGAUGAUGAAAUUGAACUUUAUGAACGACAAUUACAAAUUCCAAUAAUUUUCUCCUAUAAAGAUGGUAUUGUAACAGAAAUUUGUUCACCCGAACAUGAACAAGAAGAUCCAUUUGUGAUUAAUGUUAAAAAAAGUAUUAUUUCCGCAUUGCAAACCAUCUCGCAUAUUGAUAACAAUAAAAAUGAUCAAACAGUAAGCAGCAAUUUAGAAGAUUCGGAUGAAUUUUCUGAAAUUGGGUUUGCUAUUAAAGAAAGUCGUGAAGCAUAUUCGGAAUGUGAACAACAAAUCGAAUCAUAUCGUGUAAUUCAAUCGGAAUGUCGUUCAUCUCGAUCACUGGAUACAAUGUUUAAUCAUUUUGAUAUUGAUCUUAUAUCACGUGUUCAUUUGCAACAAGUAUCAAUCGAUGAAAAUUCCAAAGGUGUUCGCAGAAAUAAAUCUAUUUUGACCAAAGGUAAUAAACAACAAUGGUUACGUGAUAUUUUUCGAUUGGAAAAAACACCAUCAACAAAAUCUUCAUUUUCAAUGGAAAAAGUUGAACUUAAAACUGUUUUACAUGAAAUCUGUGAUGAUAUUAAACAAAAUUCAAAUCGUGUCGGUAUGAAUACUGUUGAUUAUGUACAACAAUUGAUUCGAGCAUUUGAAUAUGAAUCAGUCGAAACGAUUCAAUCCAUUUGGAAUGAACAAAUCAAUGUGAUUGAUGAACAUAAAAGUUUUUGUGGUGAUCAAAUGAAAAAAUUAAGAGAUAUUUUUAUCGAUACAGCAGCAUCAAUUAUGCAUGAAAAAACAGCAACCAUUAUUCGUGAUGAAUUAUUACGUUUAUAUUCGGUACGAAAUGAAAAUCCAAUGGCAACUGAACGUUUAAAAUAUUUAGCUACUUCAAUGGCAUUUGCACAAAAUCCAUCAUUAGUUGCUAUACAACAAGUUGUACCACAAUUAUUGGAUCAAAUUCAUGAUUCAGAAAUUGUAUUGAGUGUUUCAGCUUUAAUCAAAUCACCAACAAAUCAACAACAAAAUCAAGAUUAUACUAGAUUCAAAGAAGAAAUGUAUAAAAAAAUUGUCAACAUUAUAAUGAAAAAUAUUAAAAAUCAAACAGCUGAAGUACAAAAUGUACGAUUAUUUAUUGCAUUGGAAAAUGUUUCACCAUGGACUAUGGUCGAAGAACAGGAACAAUUAUUACCGGUAAUUGAAAAUUCCGAUUGGAGUGAUUUGAUUCGUGUUGUAGCCAUUAAAUCUUUUGAUGCUGUUCAACCUACACCACGAACACGACAAAGUUUGAUGAAAAUUUUUUCAAAUUUCGAAGAAAGUAAUGAAAUACGAAUAAUCAGUUAUCGUACGUUGAUUAGAACCGGAACAAAUGUAGAAGAAUUACAACAAAUAUUGAAUGUAAUUGAAAAAGAACAACAAUCAUCGAAUCGUCAUGUAUACAAUUAUGUUUGUUCACAUCAGAAAGUAUCAAGAAAUACAGUCAACAAAGCUAAACGUUCAUCAUUGCCAAGUGGUGCACCUGAAUUUCCAGAACCAUCAUCAUUGAUGCAAGUUUUUCUUUCCAGACAUUAUGAAUAUGAUUAUGUUGAUCAAAAAACAGGACUUGGUAGCUUUUUCGAAACCGAUGUUAUCAUGCCUAACGUAAACGAAACAUUCAAAAUUCCACGUUCUAUUACAAUGAAUGUAACCAUUCCAUUGGGUAAAACUGAUAGACAAAUAGCCGUAGCAGAAGUUACUGUUCGUCAAGAAGGUUUUGAAGGUUCAAUGAGUGAAAAAAUUCUUUCCAAUAUCCAGAAUACAUUAUCAAAACAUCGACUCGAUAGUCAAUUGGUUGGUCAAUUAGAUUCUAUUGUUAAAUCAAUGUUAUCAUCAAAUGCUAAAAUGUCUACUCAUCGACGAAUUCAAUUAUUGAUCAAUGUUGAUAGUAAAAAUAUAUUCCUUUAUGAUAGUGAUGAUCGUGAAAAUCAUUUAUCUGAUAUUUGGAAACAAUUACAAAAACGUUUACCAAUUCGUAUCGAUGAAACAAUGAUCAUUUUACCAUGGCAAAAACGUAUUGUUAUUGAUCAAACAUCAUCAGGUGUUCCGAUGUAUUUUGAAAUUAAUUCUACCUAUAUUGGUUCAUUGGAAGCAAUGAUUAAUUAUCAAAAUCAAUCGUCAAAUGUUAUGGAUGGAUCAAUGGAAUUGAUGUUGAAACCAACAUUUGUUGCUCAUACUGAAGUUGGUUUUGGAAUCGAAGGCCGAAAACAAAUGAUGAAUCAAUUUCGAAUUGUUAGCCAAAUACUUGCGGCACCUACAUUACAUUUACAAACCGAAAUCAAACAAGCUAAAAAAUUACAGGUAAAAUUUCUUUUACCCGAAAAAGAACAAGUAUGGUGGAAAUCAUUGACAAAAAUCAUCAAAAAUCAAUCUUCAAACAAUGUUCGUUCCAAUAAUGAAUUAACAUUGGAAACAAAAUGUACAUCGGAUAUGAUUACCAAAGUUUUGGGUAUUAGUUUAUGUCGAAAAACAAAAAAAGCCAGCUUAUUAUCAAAACAAAAUGAAAUGAAUGAAAUGUUGAUUGAUUAUAAUGAAAUUAUUUUACGUAAACAAACGGAAAAAAUGCAAGGUAUUGAAUUCAGUGUUGAAUUACCGGAACAUUUUUUUGCACCAAUGUUGUUGCCCGAAGAUGAAAGUCGAAUGAAAUUUCAAUUCAGUAUUGCAACACCAAUGGUCGACCGAUCAGAACAACAGAAACGAUUUGAAACCGAAUUGGUAAUCGAAUUACCUAUUAAACAAUCCGAUGAUCAAUUGUCAGCAAAAUUUGUUAUUCAUGCAUUUAAACGAAAAUUAGAAGCACGUUUUGAAUUAGUUGAUGGUUCCGAACAAAAAUCUUUUGUUUGUGAAAUUGUUAAUGAACGUAAUCAAAAACUUGUACACGUUAGUGUUGAUGGACAAGUUCAAUCAGAUGAUUCGGAUUCAUGGAAAGAUGCUAAAUUCAAUGUUAAAGCUGUUUUUCAACCAACCGAAAAUAUGAAAUUAAUCGAUAGUAAUGGAAUGAUUACUUAUCAAAAACAACAAGAUGGUCAACAAAAAGCAAUGAUUAAAUUUGAUUUUAAUGAUCAAACAUCAAUCGAUAUGGUUAUCAAUCGAAAUGGUCAAACGAAAAAUGGUCCAUUGAAAAUUUCAACUGAAACAAAAAUGAAAAUCUAUGAAUUUCAAGCAAAACAUGAAUGGUUUUUCGUUAAAGAUUCAAAACAAAUUAAAUCAAUGAACAAAAUCCAUUACAAUCGAUUAUCGAAUUGGAAUCAAUUUGAAACAUUCAAUAUUGAAUAUGAAUCAAAUGGUUAUGAUUAUCAUUUACCAUCGAUCAUGGAUAAUGAUGAUGAUUCAGUAAACUUGAAACAAUAUUUUCAUUAUAGAUUUCUUUCAUCACAAUAUCCAUCAUUAAAUUUGGAUGUUUCAUACAAUCAACAACAACAACCAGAUUUAUUCGACAAUGAAUUUGUUUGCAAAUUUGGCAAAAAUAUGGAACUGAAUCAAUUUCGAUUGGAAAGAACUACCAGAAAAAUUCAUAAUGUUCAUGAUCGUGAAUCAAUGCGUUUAGAUACACAAAUACAAGUUCAAUUUACACCGAAAAAUAUUCAUUACGUCUUGAAUGCUGUUACCGAUGUAACGAAACAAGGUGAACAACGAAAAAUAACAACAAAUCAAGUGAAAAUUGAAGACAAACGACAACAACUUUUAUUGGUUGAUUUUAAUUUACGUUCGGAAAAAACUUUAUCAAAACCAUUUCGAUUGGAUAGAGUUGCUGAAAUCAAAUUUUAUCGAUUAAAAUUUCAUGUUUCAUAUAAUGAAACAAUUGAAGAAAUUGCAAAUGGUAAAUAUCAUGGAAAAAUUGAAUUAGUAUCCGUACCAAAAUCCGGAUCAAAUGUAUUACCAAAAUGGACAUUAGAACGAUUACAAUAUCAAUACAAACUUGAAAGUGAUAUUGAUCAAUAUGAAGGAUUAAUGCAUUUGAUUUCCAAUGUACGAAAAUUUGAAUCACAAGCAUUUUUUGAAAAUGAAUUAUUGGGUCAUUGUGGACAAAUGUUUUUGUUUCAUUUACAGGAUAAAUAUAUGGGAAAUUUUCAAUUGAAAAAUGUAAUGCGACGUGAAGGUGAAUUAAUGUACGAAUUGAAUAUGGAUCAUCAACAUGAUGAACAAGAUAAUUGUGAAUGUAAUUUCCAAUUCAAAACUGAAUUGUAUGAUAAUUUGAAAAUCGGUGCUCAUAUGAAACGAAACACACAAAAUAAUCUAUUGUCUGGUAAAUUUGAAGCUGAAAAAUCAGUUUAUAAAUUGGAAACAUCAGUCGAAAUGAAUGAAAACUUGUUGGAUGUUUCGAGUUUGGUAAAGAAACAAGAUCAAACUAUUUAUUUGUUUCAUGGAAGUUAUGACAAACAAAAUCAUCUUAAUGUUCAAAGUGAAUGUGAAUUUUUUACCUUUAAUGUUGAAUAUGAACAUUUAAACCGACAAAAUGAAUCAACUGGAAUGAUUAAAUUUCAAAUUCCAAGAUUUGAAAUUAAACAUCAAAGCCGAUUUCAAUUGAAUGAACAAUCACAAUUCAAGAUUGAUACACAAACACGUUAUCAUGGAAGAAAUUGGAUGGAAUUUUCCUUCAAAACUCAAUCCAAUCGAAUGUCAAAUUUUGUUGGUGAAUUUAGUGGUGAUUUACAUGGUCAGAUUAAAAUCGAACAAGUUGCACCAAAUGUUUAUCAAUUGAUGGUCAAUAUUAAAGCACCACGACAACAAAUUUCUCAUCAAACCAAAGCAAAAUGGCAACAUUAUCCAAAUUCAAUGACAUAUAUGGAUUGUUGUGAAUUGAUUGCGUUCGAUAUGAAAAAUUAUUUUGGUGAACAAUUUAUGUUCGAUAUUGAUUAUAAUCGAAAUGAACCGAAUAGUCAACAAAAAUAUGCAAAUGAAUUGAUGAUUAGUACACGUUCGUCACAUGUUGAAUUAUCAUGGUCACCGAAAAAAGCAUUAGUAGUAAUGAAAACAAAACUAUUCAACGGUAUUGAUCAUCGAACUGAAUUUGAAGAAUUUGAUCUGCCAUUAUUGAAAUUUGUUUCAAAAACUAAACAAAAUAAUCAACAAUUAAUACAAUUGAUUGGUGAUUUAAUGUUUAAAAAUGGACAAAAAUCAUCAAUGGAAAUCAUUGUUGGCAAUGGAAAUAAUGUACAUAUGGAAUUUGUACCAAUGAAACAAUUAUUUACUGAAUUUGAAUCAAGUGAUAAAACUUUAAGUGGAUCAUUACAAUGGACACGUACGGCACCAAAACAAUGGUUAAUGAAAAUUAAUGGCCAGAAACAAUCAUCACAAUUUAAAAUAAUUGUUGAUCAUGAAUGUCAAGAUCAUACUGAUAUUGAAUGGGAAUCGGCUACAAUUCAUGGAAAAUUACAACAUCGUCUUAAUGAUCAUUCAUUGAAAUUGGAUUUAACAGGUGAAAAGAAUGAAAAUUUUGAACAUCAUAGUGAAGCAAGAUGGAAUCCAAAUUGGCAAGAAUUUAGUUUAACAUCAAAUACAAAUAAAUCCGGACAAAAACUAUUCAAUCUUCAAACAUCUUUUGUAGCAAGAAAAUCAUUUCAAAUGAAUAGUGAAUCAAAUUUGAAAAAAUUUCCAUUCAAAUUAAAUACAUUGAUCAAUGUUGAUAAUAGACAUUUGGAUUUUGAUUUACAUGAAAAACUUCAAGAUCAUCGAAUUCGUUUUGAAACUAAAGCUAAAAAUUUAAAUGAUUUUCGUGUACAAUGUGGAUGGGGACAAUCACAAGAUCAAACUAAAAAGAUUGCAAUUGAAACAAAAAUUCAACCUGAACAAAAUAAAGCCAAAAUUGAAGGACAAUGGUUUAAACAUCAUUUAAAAUGUGAAGGACAAUUGGAAAAAUUGGAAAAAAUUCUUGAAAGUCCAGUAAAAAUUGAAGCACAAUAUUCAGAUUUGGAUGAAAAUUUGAUAAAAUUGGCUAAAUUUGAACAUGAAUACAAACAACAAGAACGACAACAUGAUGUUUUGGUUGAAUGUCGUGAUGGUCAAACCAGAUUGUUAACAGGUCAAGCACAGCUUAAAACACCAAAAGAUCGUUCAAUGAAAUUUGAAAUGAAAACUGAAACUGAUUUGAAUGGUGAUUGGGAUCAGAUGAACACACAAACAAAAUAUGAACAUCGAUCGAAUGAAAAGAAAAAUUUUGGACAAAUAUUUUUGCUUGAAAUUGGAUCAAAAAAUGAGAAAAAAUCAAAAAUUGAAUUGAAAGGUAAAGGUGAUUCGAAAGCAAUUAUUUAUGAAUUGAAUUUCAAUUCACCAAACACAAUGGUUGAAAAGAAAGCAAAACUUGAAUGGAAUAAACCUGAACGUAAAUUACAAAUCAAUGUUUACGAUAAAAAUGGUCGUAUUGUUGAUGUUAAUGUUGAUCUAUUUUCAAAAGCUGUACAGAAAAAAUUUCAAAUUGUAUCGUUUACGGAUAAUAUUCCAACAAUCGAUGUGGAAGCUGCAUUUGGUGAUAAUUCACAUUUAAUUUUUGCUGUAAGUUAUCAAAAGGAAAAGAAAUUGGAAUUAGUGUUGAAUUGGUUUGGAAAAUGGCGUAGUGAUUAUCGUGCAAACAUAAUGUUUCAAUGUUGGGCUGAACCACAAUUCGAAAUGAUGAUACAAUCACAUCAUCCGGCUACAUUUGAUAAUGUAGAUGUACGAUUUAAAUAUCAAAAUCGUGAAAUUCAAGCUAAAUGGAUGGAUCGUUUUGAUGAUGAACGACAUUGGCAACGUGAAGCAACCAUUCAAAUGGAUGGUCAUGAAAUAAUACAUUUGAAUUUGGAUCGUAUACAUCGUGAUGAUACACAACGACCAACCGCUUAUGAAAUUGUUCGUUAUGAAGGUCGAUUAAGUGGUGAUUAUAGUGGUGAAGGAAAAGCUGAAAUUGUUAUGGAUAAACAAACUGGUCAAAUAAAAGUUUUACGUAUCGAAGGUGAAGAACAAUCACGAAACAAUCAACAUUAUUCAGUUGAAUUAUAUUUCCGUUAUCAAGAAUUGAAAGAAUCACCACAAAUAACUGGAUUGACUAUUGAAAGAAAUCAUGGAAAACCAGUAUUGAUUGCAACCUAUGUAGAACCACCACCAAUGUUGGUUCAAGCACAAAAUCGAAUCAAUACGUUGGUACAUUUGUAUCUACCGGGUGAUAUUGAUUAUCAAUUGUUAAAUGAAAUCCAUUAUGAUCAAGAUAAUGAUGAGAAACCAUUAAAUUUCCAAUCCAUUCAACAAGUAAAAUCAAAAUUAUUGAAAAAAGGUUCCCGAAAUCCAAUUCUCGAUAUGGAAGUACAUUAUUAUGAUAAUAAACAACAAAAUCAACGACAAGUACGAGUUGAAUUACGAUCACCAAAAUUUUAUGAUCAACAACAUCCAAAAGUUUUACAAAUGCGAUAUAAUUUCGAUUCAAUGAAUAAUGGUUGUGAAAAAAGUAAAAAUUUUAUCGAAGUUGAUGAACAUCGUGAAUAUGAAUGUUCAAGUUUACAGAUGAUUUUCGGUGAUGAACAAACAAUGCUCAAACAAAAAUCACCAGUUUCGAUUGCAUUGGAAUUUGUACAACGACCAUCAACAAUGAAUCAUAGUUUAUUAUUUGCAUUGGAAACAUUGAAUGAAAAUGAUUCCAGUCGUGUACUUAAUUUCACCUUAUUCAAUCAUAUGUCACCGGUAUCGAUUGGUUCAGAAUGGCAAAAUGUAAAUCGAUAUGGCCGAAAACAUUCCGGUAAUAUCUAUUUUGGAUACAACCAGAACCAUUUGAAUGUAUCGAAAUUUUAUGACAUUAUUUUUGGUGGUGAUAAAAAUUCUUACAGAAUUCAUUUCGAACCAAAAAAUAUUCGACAAAGUUUUGUGAAUGUUAGUUUCAAUGUAUGGCAAUGGUUGAAAUCAAUUUUCAUUCAUGAUUCACAACAACCUAAACGAAUUGAAGAACUUUCCGAACGAACAGAUAUUCGUGGAUUCAGAAAUCAAAUGUUUGAAGAAUUAAAAGAUGAAAUUCGUUAUAAAUAUCGUCUAUUUAAACGACAAAUAAUUGAUCGUGAAUUGGUCAUAUUGUUUGUGGAUGAAUAUCAAGAAAUUCGACAUAAAAUGCAAACAAGUGAUGAUCAUAUUGCCCGAUUGAUUAUUCAAACAUUGAAUAAAAUUGGCCAAUAUUAUGAACAAUUGAUGGAUAAAUAUGAUUUGGAAUCUAUUGUUGAUAAUAUGAUUGCAGCUUUUUAUCGAUAUGCUGAAAAAUAUGAAUGGAAAUUAUUCAAUAUGGUUGAAGAUUGUUGUUUUCAACAUGAACAAUGUCGAAAAUUAUAUCGUACAAUUCGUGAUUAUGAAAUUCAUCAAUUAGUACGACGAAAUGUUCAGAAUUAUGUUCCACAAACAAUGUUAAAUGUUUGGAAUGAUUUUAAUCAACAACAACAACCAAAUUUAGUUAGAUUGAAUGAAUUUUAUGAUCAAUUACAAAAUGGUACGCUAUUUAAAAACAAUAACGUAUUGAAUUUUGUUAAUGAUUGGACGAAUAAAUUCUCAUCAAUGUUUAAUGAACAACAACAUCACCAACAACAAUCUGAAAAUCAAAAUGAACAAAUCAAAGAUCAAACAACAACAACAACAAACGAUAAUGGAUUUUAUGGUUCAUCAAAUAAUGAGAAUCAAAAUUGGUGGAAAUCUAAUUAGAAAAAAAAAACAGCAAUUUUGUUUUAAAUUGACCAAUUUUUUUCAUUUAAUUUGAUUAAAAGUUUUAUUGUUUUUUAAAUUA